AUGAAGUCAAUAUUUUUCCACUUACUAUUAACUUUUUUAGUUUUUUCUUGCACAUAUGCAAGUUUAUUCCCAGAUUUACGUCAAUUAGAAAGUGAAAUUCAAGAACUUAACAGACAAUUCGAUGACUUUGUCGAAAAAUGUGAGAAAUUAAGUGGUUCUGCUCAUAUUGGUGAAAAUCUUUUAAUUAUGGCAAUUGAACAAGGAGAAAAUGUCAUGGAACUUCCAUUACUGGGGUCAUUCAAAUCUAAAAUACAAUGUGGGCAUACAAGACUUUUCUUUUUUGAUUUUGAUAGCGGACUAUUCGUUGUUACUGAGGUAAACUGUAAAAAUAAGGUUUUAUUCGUUAGUGGUGUUCAUGGAAAAUAUGAAUUAAUUAUUAAGGAUAAUGAACUACUAAGAAAAGAAGCCAAAAAUAAGUCAAACAUACUCGUAGAAACCAAUUUCGUAUGUACUACUAAUACAUACAAUUUAAAACAAAUAUCAAGUUGUCCAUCUUAUCUCAAAAACUUCGAUAAAAAUAUGAUACCCAAAAAUUUCAAUAUUAAGACUGACCAGAGUCCUCUUUCAACCAAUGAUCUUUCUCACAGAGGAUUUUAUUUCACCAACUCUAGAAAGGAUCAAAAAACAGAUUCUAGAACUGAAUUAACAUAUGCACUGUUUUCUUCUGACCCAUUAAAAUAUGCUAUACCGAUCCAAGAAGGAUGCGAAUGCACUGUGGAAAAUAGUAAGAUUCUUCUCUGUGUAUGCGAUGGAUUUUCCUAUAAAUUUGAUGUAGAAAAUAGUUUCUUAGUUGUUGGUCCUGUCAAAUUACUUACAAAUAAUGUUUAUGGCUUGAAGGUAUUAACUGCUAAUACCAACACAGAAUUAUUAAGUAAUAUUGAUAUUACAACUCAAGAACAGAAUGAAGCGAAGCUUGAAACUCAAUUGUAA